GGUGAGUGGCUCCCGCGCUGGCUGCCGGGGCCUGAGGGGCCGCAGGGAGCCGGCGCGGGGGGGUGGUUCGCGGCGGGAGGGAGCGUCCGUUCAUUGCACACGGGCGGCACCUGGCGGAGGAGGGAGUCAGGAGACUGGAAGAUGUGGAGUGGGCUGUUGCCUCCUGGUGUGAAUGACAGUGAUGUUGACUUGAGUUCUGAUGAUGGAGACCCAGCGGAUGGUCCUAUAUCUUGCUCCGCAGAAGAUAAAGUAGAUGAGGAUGUCAAAGGAGUUCAGGUUUCUGAUUUUCAGACAAAUAGACCUGAGAGUAUCACUGGAAGUAAAUCCAUUCCUAUAGCAGUGGCAGAUGGAGAAAACGAAUAUCAAGAAUGCCCUUCUGGAGUUUCUUUAAAAAUAUGGAAUAAAUUUCAGGAGCUUCAGAAGAAAAACUGUGAAAUGAAAGUCCAAACAAAUCAGGGAAACAGGGGGAAAAAGAGAAAACGUUACAGAAAAGAAAAACUGAAAAAGAGCAAAAAAGAAGUGAUUGAAAGUCAGCAAUCUUCAAAUGAAGAUCAAUGGAAGGAACUCACGCAAUACUUCGGAAUUAAUGAUAGGUUUGAAUCUCUUGUGAGCAACAGGGCUGCCCAAAAGUCUGGUCUUGAAGUCAGCAUAGACAAGUCUUUGACUGAAGGGGAUGUUGAGAGAGCUGAGGAACUGAGUAAUAGAUUAGCCACUCGUGAGCUCGGCGUGAAAAUUGCUAAAGCUGUUGCUUGUCGCAACUUUGUAAAAGCCAAGCAAGAUACGGAGGCUUCCCAAGAAGCUCGAAAGAAAAAGAAGCUUGCCUGGGGAUUUGAAGCAAAGAAAAGAUGGGAAACAAAAAGCAACAUGGGAUACAUGUAGUUCUGUCUUGAUCUCAUCUGAAAGUAAAGCUGUUUAAAAUAUAAUUAUUGUGGGUUUAAUGCAGUAUGUGCUGCCUCUUUUAUGCUUGCAUAACUAAAUCUUGAACAACUAAGCAAGGUUAAUAGUAGUUUAAAAAAACUAAGCAAAAACUGUUUGUUUACUUAUUUCCCGUAAUGCUCUUAGAUUUCUAUAUCUUGUUUCAAAUUCCUGUUAAAAUUGUAGUGGGAAUAGAUAUUUGAUUAUUUUUAAUGCACACAGAAACUUAACAUUCCACUCAUUCUCCAGAUGGACAAAAUUCUGUAUAACACAUCUCAGUUCUGAAGAAUUGUGGAGCCUGGUCAAGAUUCCCAUAAAUCUGGACCCAAAUUUUCAGUGCAGUAAGGUUCUGUUAGGUGGCCACGGCUUUUAUAACGAUAAAAUAUUCAUGUCAGUGACACAUGGGUGUGGGUAAAGGGACAGGUUCUUCGUUUAAAAAAAAUCAGUAUCUUAUCAAUUAUACAUCUGAUCUACUAAGUAGUACAGAUCUUAUCACAGUAUUGUUUUGAGGCUGCUCUUUGAAUCAUUUGGACACAAGAGAUCAGUUGGUUGAGUUCAAGGUAUAUCAUGAAAUGCCUGAAGAAUACCAGAAUAUUGACUUUUGUGACGUAACCCAAUGCUCCUUUUAUUUAGUAGUAUUAAGUAUGAAAAUAAUUUUAAAUUAAGCUAUUCUCUAUACUACUAAAAGAAUCUUAUCUUUGUAUUAUUUAUUUAUGUGGCUAGAUAAAUCGCAACAGAAAAUUUUAGUCUGAGAGUCCAUGAAGCGCAAUGCUUAGAUUCAUUGGGUGGAUCUAGUAUGCCCCAUGUCCUGGAACCAGCAUCUUGAAGACCCUUCCAGUUUAUCCUUCCCCACUUACUUCACAUGUGUUCAAGUUUUAAAAUCCCUAUCUUGUCAAUGGGACAAAAUGUAGAAAUAUGAAUUUUGAAAAUAUCUAAAAUCUGUUAUGUUGUGGAGUUGAUCAACUUACACUUGAAUAUCAAAUGCAAACCGUAUUCGGUGCCAGAUGUUUUAUAAAAGAAUUAUGCUUUGAAUGCUUAUGUUGUAAGUAACAAGCACUGUUAAUAAUGUUUUUCUAAAAUCAUUCACAGUGAAAAGUAAGGACACAUUCAAGAUUAGCAAUAACUUUUUUCCCUGAAGUUUUUGCCUAUAUGUUUAGUCACCAAAAUGCCUGAAAUGAAUUGGGAAUGUAAACGUCAGUUGUUGUUAAACAAGAUUAAUAUGUUUCAGGCCAAAGGUUUGGUAUUAACAUAAUGGUGAUUUACUAUUUAAGCACUUCAGGCUAAAACAACUUGCCAAAGAGUAGUACUUUGAAGGUUUACGGCACCAAUUGUAAGACCUAAGGAAUAGGGCGUUUGUUGGUAGCCCUCGGGAUGUGGAAUAUAUCUUUUUUUUUUCUUCUUUUUUUCCCCUAGCAGAACAUUGUACUUUUCAUAAAGAUGAGAGUUUGCAAUAUUGUAAUCAUAGAGUUAGCUGUAAUUAGUUAUGAUGACAGAGUUAAAGACAACUGCCAAGACUGUAAACCAGUGGGUAAACAGGAUUCUGAAACAGAACAUCAUAAAAUUCAAACUGUAUUUUAAAUACCUGUACCUUUUUUUGGAAGAGCCAUUGGCAUGGGGAAAGGAAGCAAGUGGUAUGUAGUCCUCAUAUUAUUUAUUUUAUAUAUGCAUUAAAUUUACAAAUACAUAAUGUAUAGUUUGUGUAUGUAUCUGUAUUUUUCCCACAUGGAAUAACAUUAUAUUUAAGACAUUAUGGCUUAUGAAAAUGGGAAAAUGCCUUAGUGGUUCCUUGGCAAACCUAGAAAAAUACUAUAUGAAGAAUUUCAAAUGUACCAGAAUUCUAUAAAAAUUCCUAUCUAAAAAUUCAAGUGAAAUUAUUUUUACUGUGUAUAGCUUGUGUCAUAAAUAUAAUGGGAAGGCUAACCACCUUUAAAUCCCUCCUGGCCAGAGGAAAAACCCUUUCACCUGUAAAGGGUUAAGAAGCUAAAGAUAACCUCGCUGGCACCUGACCAAAAUGACCAAUGAGGAGACAAGAUACUUUCAAAGCUGGAGCGGGGGAAAGCAAUCUAGUUAGAUAUGCAUUAGAUUCUGUUUUGUUUAAAUGGCUGAUAAAAUAAGUUGUGCUGAAUGGAAUGUAUAUUCCGGUUUUUGUGUCUUUUUGUAACUUAAAGUUUUGCCUAGAGGGAUUCUCUAUGUUUUGAAUCUGAUUACCCUGUAAGGUAUUUACCAUCCUGAUUUUACAGAGGUGAUUCUUUUACUUUUUCUUCUAUUAAAAUUCUUCCUUUAAGAACCUGAUUGCUUUUUCCUUGUUCUUAAGAUCCAAGGGUUUGGGUCUGUGUUCACCUAUGCAAAUUGGUGAGGAUUUUUAUCAAGCCUUCCCCAGGAAAAGGGGUGUAGGGCUUGGGGGGAUUUUGUGGGGAAAGACGUUUCGGGCUCUUUCCCGGUUAUAUUUUGUUAGAUGCUUGGUGGUGGCAGCAAUAAAGUCCAGGGACAAAAGGUAAAAUAGUUUGUACCUUGGGUAAGUUUUAACCUAAGCUGGUAAAAAUAAGCUUAGGGGUUUUUUCAUGCAGGUCCCCACGUCUGUACCCUAGAGUUCAGAGGGGAAGAAACCUUGACAGCUUGUUUAUUUUUUUAAACGGAUGGUAAAUAAAUGUUAGGAAAAAGAUGGCCUUUUUAUGUGCUAUACACUGAAAAAGCCAAAUGAUGCUAAUUAUUCUGUGCCCUGAAAACAGAUUAAUAUGUUACAAUUUUUGGUACUUUAAUAAAAUUACCUCUGUUUUAAUAACUGAAAAAGAAAUGGUGUAAACGUCCACUUAAUAGUAACUGAUCUAGUUAAUAAAUGGUUGAUAUAUGUGCAUCACA